CUUUAUUCGCUCUGAGAAACCGGAACGGCAUUAAAUGUGUGACGAACCAGUCGGCAGUAGAGUUUGAAGUCACAUUGAAGACGAAAACCCUGGUCAAAUUUGUUUAAGGACCAGUGACCAGUCCACCCAUUCCUCAUGACUUUAUUUGAAUGAUCAUUAGUAAUGUUUACUUCAAAGCUUAUCCCUCGGUUCAGUUGGUUCCGCCAAGCAACUUGUGCACUUCAGGCCCAUGGAGAAAUUUUGAAUCAAUGUGUACUACCAGUUCUUUCUACGUACUGCAAUUCACCAAAGCAGAAACUGAGAAAUUACUCAACAGCAGCAGACAACACAUCUCGUCCUCGAUGGGUCCAGCUUGAGCCAGAGUUGGAUGAGGCUCUUGUGCCACGUAAACUGUCAGUAAGUCCUUUGGAGAGCUGGCUCUCCCUGCGCUACUCCCUUCCUCCCCUGCCGGAGUCCACUCAGCAGUGGGAAGACAUAGAGCUGCUGGAAGAGAAGGUGCUGCCCAUCUCUGUUCCUGGUUUGGAGGAUGGAGAGGGUUCAGCACCACCCCUUAGAUGUAAGAAUGUUCUGGAGAUCCGACGCCGAAAGAUCAACCGGCACAAAUACAGGAAGCUGCUAAAACGGACAAAAUUCUUGAGGAAGAGAGUGUUGGAGAGAAAGGCGAAGAAGAAGCAGAGACGAUUUGAGUUGGAUCUGAGGAGGAUUUGGAGACGAGCUGGGCUGAAGAAGCCUUCAGAGGGAUGGCAGGAUAUACCUCAGAUCUUCAUUAAAGAUCAUGGAAACAAACGUGACUGAGAGGAGCUGACUGAAGGGCUCUGCAUAACGGACUCUACACAGUUCAAUCAGCUUGUUUUCUGUGUAUUGCAGCUUGACAGAAGCAUGUUCCAGCAGAGCCUCAUCAGCAGAGCAUGCUUCGUUCACUCUGUUCUGUGUCUACAAUUGGUUUUUAAAAAAGUGUACAUAAUCUAAUAAAGACCUUUCUCUGUCAAGCCCAA